AUGGGAAAAUACCCAAGCUUUGCUUUUGCUGUUAUUCUGCUUUUGACUUCAGUUUUAGUGUCAUGUUCCUAUGUCUGUUCAUCAUUUGAAUGCAUUGAAGAAGAGAGGCAAGCUCUUCUCAAGCUCAAAGGAAGCUUUGAAGAUCCAUUGGAAAGGCUUUCCUCAUGGCAAGGAAAUGAUUGUUGCCAUUGGAAAGGUAUAGGUUGCAACAACAUUACAGGACAUGUUGUUAUUCUUGACCUUAGGAAUCCAUGCUUCCCACCAAAGGGUCAAGGAGAUGCUCCAGAAAAUUGUUCCUUUUCCAAAAGUAAGCUUGAAGCUCAACAUGUUCACCCUUCUCUACAACAGUUCAAAUAUCUCACUUAUUUGGACUUGAGUGGGAACAAUUUCAGUGAUAGCCCUAUACCAAUGUUCAUCCAUUCCAUGGAGCAUUUGAAAUUCCUCUCUCUCUCUGAUGCCCAUUUUAGUGGGAGGAUCCCCAACAAUCUUGGAAAUCUCACUAAGUUAUCCUUUCUUGAUCUCAGCUUCAAUUCUUUUUUAUACUCUGAUGACAUUUAUUGGGUUUCAAAACUUUCAUUUCUCCAAGAACUUUACAUGAGUGAUGUGUAUCUUGAGAAGGCACAAAAUUUAUUCCAGGUACUUAACAUGCUUCCUUCUUUGCUAAAAUUGGACUUGAUGAAUUGCAGUAUAAAGAAAGUGUCUAGUCAUAAUCAACUUGUGAGUUCCACAAACCUUUCUAGACUUCAAGUCCUUAAUCUCAAUGACAAUGUACUUAAAGCCCCAGAUCUGGAUACUUUUAGAAACAUGAGUUCCAUUCAAUAUCUUGACCUUUCUUACAACAAUCUAAGUUCAGUUCCAUUUUGGUUGGGUAAUUGUACCAAACUUGCAUAUUUGUAUCUAGGAAGUAACACACUUCACGGCUCAUUCCCAGAUGCUCUUCGAAAUUUGACAUCCUUGACACUCUUGGACAUCUCCCAAAACAAUAUUGAUUUUGUUCCAUCGUGGUUAGGUAGUCUAAAAGGUGUUCUGUACCUCAAUCUUUCAUUGAAUCAUAUAAAUCAUGUUGAGGGUUCUCUAACAUCAAUUUUGGGGAAUAUGUGCCAUCUUCUAUCACUAGAUUUGUCAAGCAACAACAUUCAAGGGGAUGUACUUGUUGGCCAUUUACAAUCUAGAUGCAUGAGAUAUGAUUUAGAGGAACUUGAUUUGAGUGACAACAAAUUCAAUGGUGUUUUGCCAACAUGGUUAAGUAAGCUUGAAAAUUUGGAAGUACUCGCACUUCAGUCCAAUUUAUUUUAUGGUCCUAUUCCACCUUAUUUUGGAAAAUUUUCAAACUUGAUGUAUCUAAAUCUUGCUGACAAUCGUUUAAAUGGAUCACUUCCAAACUUUCUUGGACAACUGAAAAAUCUAAGUACAUUGGAUAUUUCUAGAAAUCAGUUGGGUGGGGAUUUUCCUUGUAAUAUAACAGAACUUGUCACUCUACAGUAUUUGCUUCUUUACAGUAACAAUUUCAACGGACCUCUUCCCAGUUGUAUAGGGCAACUUGUCAAUAUAAUUACCCUGCGUCUCUCUUUUAAUCAUUUUUAUGGUGUUAUUCCUAGGAAUAUUGAGCUUCUAGCAAGCCUAGAAAACCUAGAUAUCUCAGAAAACUUUUUGAAUGGUACAAUUCCUGAAAACCUUGGUCAGCUUUCCAAAUUGCACACCCUCUAUCUUUCUAGCAAUUAUUUUCAUGGGAAAAUUCCUCAUAGUCUUGGUCAACUUUUGAACUUGCGCAACUUAGACUUGUCUAGCAACCAUUUGGAGGGCAUGAUUUCAGAGGUCAUAUUUCCCAAGCAACUUGUAUACUUGAACCUUACCAAUAAUAAUAUCUCAGGCUCACUUCCACAAAAUAUUGGUGAAAGAUUGCCCAAUGUUACUCACAUCCUUCUUGGAAGGAACCACAUUAAUGAAUCCAUUCCUGAUUCACUGUGCAAAGUACACUCCUUAUACCAUCUUGACCUUUCAGCCAACAAGUUAUUUGGAAAAAUUCCUAAUUGUUGGAGUUCUACUCAUGGAUUGAAUGAGAUAAAUUUGUCCUCUAACAAAUUAUCUGGUGUUAUUCCAAGUUCAUUUGGCUAUCUUUCCACUUUAGUAUGGUUGCAUUUGAACAGUAAUAGUCUUCAAGGGGAGUUUCCAUCAUUUUUGAGAAAUUUUAAACAAUUGUUAAUUUUAGAUCUUGGAGAGAAUCAAAUGUCAGGGAUUAUACCCUCUUGGAUUGGGGACACCUUUUACACAAUGCAAAUUCUUAUUCUGAGGCAAAAUAAGUUUCAUGGAAACAUUCCUUCACAACUCUGCCAACUUUCUAAACUACAAAUAUUGGACCUUUCCAGUAACAUGUUGGUGGGAUCAAUCCCUGAUUGCAUUGGAAACUUCACGGGAAUGAUUUUAGGAAAUAAAUCAUCAACUUCCCAAACUCUUGAAGAGCGAAAGUAUAUUGAAUGGUAUGAUGAAGAAGCCAGCCAAAUUAUGAAAGGAAAAGAACUUCACUAUAGUAGAAUUUUAAAAUUUGUUGUAAAUAUGGACUUGUCAAAUAACAGUUUAAGGGGACCUAUUCCUGAAGGAAUAACUUUUCUUACUGCAUUACUAGGCUUAAAUUUGUCACACAAUCCUCUUUUAGGGGAAAUUCCUAGAGGGAUUGGGAACAUGAAGUCAUUGGAAUCUUUGGAUGUCUCUCAUGAUCAACUUUCAGGCACAAUUCCAAAGGGGAUGUCUAGCUUGACUUUCUUAAGCCACUUAAACUUGUCCUACAACAACCUUUUAGGACCAAUUCCACAAGAAAAUCAAUUUUUAACCCUUGAUGAUCCAUAUUAUAUUUAUGUUGGCAACCCAUUUCUUUGUGGUGAUCCAUUGCGAAAGUGUGCUCAUAUAGAAAUUGAGAGAAAUGAUGAUGAAGAUGAAGAUGGCAAACAAGACAGGUCCGAGAACAUAUGGUUUUACUUUGUGAUAGCGCUUGGAUUUGCUAUUGGGUUUUGGACAACAGUUGGAGUUUUAUUGUGGAAGAAGAGUUGGAGGCAAGCUUACUUUGGAUACAUUGAUGAGGCAACUCAUUGGAUGCAUGUGACAAUUUCAAUUAUGUUAGCAAAAAUGUGUGAAAAACUCGGUUGGUGA